AUGCCUCCAAAGCGAACGAGGGCGCGUGCCGCGGAGAGCCCAGUCACUGAUGUGCCGCUGCCCCCGCGGCAUGCAAGGGCGGAACCCGACAGCGGCGAUUCCACGGCACCCCCAGCGCAACGCCGAAGGGUCGAAGCACCUGCGGGCCCGCAGUGGGCCCUUAUCAGCACCGUGGAGGAAGUACUGCUGGAGGGAUUAGAUGCUACAAGGCAAAUGACGUUAAGCGACUUCAUCAGGAGGUACGUUGCUCCCAAUUUCGUGCUCGAUGAAGAACACAAUGUAAUGAUGGGGGUGCUUGCGCGUAGACCUGAGCAUUACAUCAGGGACGAGUGGCUCCUAGGAGAAAUUCUUAAUUCACCAGAGUAUCAGUUCCUGUUUGACGCACGCAGGCUGAUGGAGCUUGACGUGGGUAAUCUCCAACGCUGGGGGGAUUUUGAACAUAAGGAAAUUGUUUUUCCUAUUACAAGGACAAAACUCAACAAUGCCCUUGCCGCGGCGCAGGCAAACGAAAGGGCAAGGCAGGAAGCCGCGGUUACGGUUGCGCCGGUGCCGGUGGAGGGUGUAUACGACUCUGUCUUCAACGCGAAGUGGGGCUACGUGGAGUCGGGCCACGCUGCGGAGCCGCUGGGGAUGAGGGUGGUGGAGGCCAACUCCAGCGAGCCGCGCACAGCGUGGAGUGA